AGAUAGGAGUUUGUAUAUAUAUUCACACACAUACCAAUGAAGAUAUUACAAGCCCAAUGAAACGCCACCUAGUAUUGGAUAAAGAAAUUAAAGCGACGUCGUUGUACAAUUCACGCAGUAGACAAUUGCAUAUAAUUUGGAGUUUUUUAUCUAGCGUCAUGUAAAUGCAAUGAGAAAAUGUUCUUGAUAUUAGCGAACAGUUUAGGCCUUCUAAAGAUAUUUUAAUUAUUUUGAAACUUAUUCACGUGCGAGUAAUGAAAACAUAACCUUUAAUUUUUUAAUUUCUGUAUGAUUUGAUGUAGUUUGUACGAUGUUAUUAGAGAUUUAAUAUUAUAAACAAAUAUAUAAAUUUACUUUUAAGAAAACGGGACACCUUGCUUCACGAUGUUGGAAAAAUCUUCUGGAGGAGAAAAUCAAUUAUCGAAAGAGGAUUAUUUAAUAAUGCGUGCUAAAGAAGCUUUAUCAAGUGACAUUUAUGCAGCAAAGUCGUGGUUGAUCACCGCUAAGUCUUUAUUUCCUCAUAGCGCGAAAGUUCAGUUUGAAGCAUACCGAAUUGAAAAACUAUCAAAAAAUGUCAAGGAAGCUGCAAAAUGUUUUAGCGAAAUAUUUCAGAAUUUUCCAGAUGAUCGAGAUAUUUGGAAAGAAAUAGAAAUGGUAACUACAUGUUUACGUUCUGAACAAUGUGAUCCAGAGACAGAAUUCUUAUGUCAAAUGUUUCAACAUAUCCCUCAAGAUUUACAACAUCGUUUAUUAGUUAUGACAGCUGAUCAUAGUGAAGAUACAAUGGAGCAUUGUAAAUUGUUACUUCUUUUAAUACGUAAAUUUCCUCAAACUACACCAACACAUGGACCGCGUUUAGUAGAAACUCUACUCACUGCAGAAAAACAUAGUCAUCCAGGACGUGCUGUAAAUGGUUUUAGACGGUUAUUAGCUUGUGAUGCAUUACCACUUCUUGGAGCUGCCCCUGUUGAACUUAACCCUCGUCUUGGAUUAAGAUUGCUUUGUAAAGCUGUGGAAUUUUAUUUAGCAUAUAUACAGCAACCACAAGAUAUACAAAUUCAGUAUCCAUGGGACAGACUUUUUCACGUAGUGGAGUUAAUUGGAAAAAAAUUAGGGUGGGAACUAAGCAAUUUAUUCUCCAUACCUUGGAAUCGGGAAACAUAUAGCGAGAAAUUACAACAGUAUGCAGCUGUGCAUGCAGCUAAUUUAUGUGAAGAAGUUGUUGUACGCCAAUUACUAAUGUGUACAAUUGUAGUAUUAUUAAGAAUACUAAAUGAACAUGCAAUGCUUAUUAAUAAUGGGGAAACUAUGUAUUGCUUAGUAGAAGCUUUUGGAGAACUAAUUUCUUCUCUUACUGAGCCAAAAUUAAAAAAACGGAAAAGAGAAGAUAACUCAGGGAUUGUUGUAACUAGUGAUGGAGACUACAGUGGUAAUGGUCUUGGUUUUGCUGUCAAACUGUGGGAUUUAUUGCAUAGUAGUGACUAUUUACAAAGGGAGAUAGAUAAACUUAAUCAACAGGCACGAUUGGAUGCAUGGUUAAAUCCAUUUUCAACAGACUUGGCUAUGUAUAAAGGCUUACAUCAUGAAGUGUUAACUAGAUUAUCUCAAGAAGGUUCCUCUUUGUGUACUCAUCUGCGGUUUGCUAGUACUUGCUUUUUUUUAAAAGAUUAUAAGGGUAUGCUGGAAUAUAUUGUUUUAGUAGCAAGCUCUUUACCUUCAGUAUGUGGGAAAGUAUCUCAUAACUUAACUGUUCCAUCCACGCGACAUUUGCAUUACUUGUCCCUCGCACGUUAUCCUGUUUUACAGUAUUGCUGCAGACUACUUCUUUUAGCAAUAAAGGAAAAUUUUUCUAUACCUGGAACUGUAGGAGAUUUGGCUAUUGGACAUGCAUUAGUUUUAAUGCAAAUUGAUUGGCCACAAGAAGCUAGCACAUUAUCUAUAAUUACUGAAAGGAUUAUUAAUCGUGGAUCUUUUGUAUAUCCAUUAUUUCAAUCAUAUAUUAUUUGCGUAGAUAUUUUAGAGGAAUUGACGUAUUUGUGGACAGAACAUGGUGGUGGUGUAUCUUUAGAUAUUGCUACUGGCUCGGGAGUAUUGCAAAGCCGACGUAUAACAACACGCGGUGCUGAUAAGGGAGUUCGUGAAGAAGUAAAACAAGCUAUGCGACGUCAGGCAGCACGAGAUGGUGUUGAUCCACUAGAUGAAUUAUUGCAAAAAUUUAUUGUCAAUGAGAAGAGCGCAAUUUUACAUAGCUUAAUUAUACAGUAAAUCAUUCUUUCACUUAAUUCAUUUUUGAAAUAAGUAACAUAUACACAUCUACAGUUUUUUUUUAAUCAUAAGUAUCUGUAAAUAAGUGAAUGUUAGAUUUUUAUAAAUUAUUUUAUUGGGACUAUAAAUCAUGUACAGAUUUACAUAUUUUCAUAUAUAUAAUGUAUUAUUUAAUUUUUUGGCUUCUCACGUUUUCUGUCAAUUUAUAUAACAAAAUUAUUACAAAAUACAGCUCAAAUAAAAGUCCAUAUAUGUGUAUGAACGAGUAAAUCAUAUUUAUAUUUUAGAUACUUUCAUUUGUAUACAGAAAGUUAUCAUUUUUUUACAUGAUCUUAUUUUGUAGGACAAAUCCAAAAUAAUUAACAUAAAUGUAAACAUUAGUAUUAUAGUGAUCAUUCUUCUCAUUUCUUUUAAUUUGAAAUAUAAAGACGCAAGAAGAAUAUCUCCUAUAUAAAAACAAGUUUUUACCUUCAUUAUUCAAAAUCAACUUUAAUAAUGCUUAUAUACAUUUCUUUCCAGUAAAAACCAAUUAUUAUGUAAAUAAUUUAUGUAAGAAUAAUUACAAAAUAUUAGUAUACUUUUCUUUCGACUUCUCAUCAAUAUAUAUUACAAUUAAAAAAAGGUUACAAGAUAGUAUCGAAAUUUAAGAUAUUAUGACAGAAGAGUGAAGAAUACAAACUCUAUAAAUUAUGUUCAUGCUGUGAACUGUAAAUGAUGUAAUAAAGAAAUUCCGAAGAUA